AUGCAUUUCAUGCGACCCACUAUCUUUGACCUGUCAAAAGAGGCUCAAGAGCAUGACAAGGAUACAGCAACAAGACUGAUAGGAAAGAAGCUGUUCCAGGGUCUUCAGGAAGAGGACAAAUGCUAUCUGCUCCACAAAGUUGUUGACUUCUAUUUGAGAAAUGACCUGGCAUCUGAAGAACUGCACAGGAAAUAUUCACAUAUCAAAAAAGUCAGGGAGGCGUUUACCACUCUGAAAAUGAGCAUAUCUAAAUGUGAUGUUCAAGAAAUGAAGAAAGUAGAUCACAAACUUGAAGAGCUAGAACGGGAAGUGAGGAAGCUCGGAAAGAACAGAGAGGCCAAGGUUGUAGGAGAGCUGUACAUGCUAUUUCAGGAUAUAGGGAAAUAUUGUUCAAAACCAAGAACUGGAAAGAAAGAUUGA